AUGGCAUACACCCACCAGGAGUCAUCGUCGAGCGAGGUCGAUCCAACAACCCUUCCCUCUCCUCCGACACACCCGGACGCAAACAUAGUUUCGCGGUUCGUGGACACCUCGCCUUGGGGCCUAGUGUUUCACAUCCUAGAAUGUAUCCCACCGUCCCGUGCACCAGGAGAGCGGAAGCUCAUCCUUCUUGCGCACGGCUUUCCCGAAGUUUCAUAUUCAUGGCGCAAAGUGUUACCUCUUCUGGCGGCAGAGGGGUACCAUGCCGUCGCGUAUGACCUCCGUGGAUUCGGCCGGACCUUCUCUCGUCAGCCGUUGACUGAAAAGUCGUUCCGACCUGCAAGUCUGGUCACAGACGCGUUGGCGCUUGUCAGUGCUCUGGGUUACGACUCGGUUGCGGCGAUCGUCGGUCAUGAUUUUGGGGCCGUGACUGCCAGCAUGUGUAGUCUAGCACGUCCCGAUAUCUUCAAGAGUUUAGUUCUCAUGUCGCACCCUGUCAGAGGGCCUUUCACACUACCAUUUGGAACAUCACCUUCCGCCGGGCAGCCAUCAAAGAAUACUGAAGAGAAAGCUUCUGGAGGUGUCCACGAGGAACUGGCGAAGUUACAACCACCCAGAAAGCACUAUCAACGCUACUACUGUACGUCAAACGCAAAUGGCGAAAUGACCUACCCAGGAGGCGCAGCGUUGAGGACUUUCCUUCGAGGGUACUUUCAUCUAAAAUCCGCCGACUGGGACGGCAAUACCCCCCACAGGCUUGAUGAUGGUUCAGCGACUCAGCUAGCAAGAAUGCCCCACUAUUAUAUUAUGCCGGCUGAUAAGACAAUGAGAGAGGCUGUCGCAGAUGAAAUGACGCAGAAGGAGAUCGCCCUGGCGCAGAAGGUUGCUGGACGAUGGCUAAGCGAUGAAGAGCUUGGGUUCUAUGCUGAGGAAUGGGGCCGUACAACGUUCCUGGGUGGGCUGAACUGGUAUUGCCUGACCGUGAAGCCAGAUCUGCUUGCAGACGCGCAGAUCUGGAGUGGCCGAAAGAUAUCAGUUCCAACCGUUUUUGUUGCAGGCACGAGAGACUGGGGUUCGUUCCAAGAUCCGGGGGCUCUGGAGGCUCUUGAAGACGAGGUAUUCGUCGAGGAUGGAAAAUAUCUAGGGACCGUGCUAGUGGAUGGCGCGGGACAUUGGAUAAACCAAGAGCAGCCUGCUACCUGCGCUAGGGAAAUCCUGAGGAUGGCUGGUGUAGCUGGUGAAGUCUAG